AUGGCCAUGGACACGGACACGAUUCCGAACCUGCUGGGCGAUGCGCGGGACCAGGCACCAGAGGAGCUGCAGGAAUACUUCAUCACCUUCGAGGACUACUGGGAGCGAAAACUGUGGCACGAGCUGACCGACAAGCUCAUUGAGUUUUACGACCACCCGGACAGCGCAAAGCAACGGAUACCCUUCUUCGAGACGUUCAUCAAGAGCUUCGCGAACAAGAUCAACCAGCUCAAGCUGGUCACACUGGGUCUGAAUGCUGCAACGCAAUAUAAGGGCAAGUUUCAUGACAAGGAACGCCUCACGUUCGUCGACAACCUUGCAAAGAGCGUCAACAAGCCCGCAUCACAAGACGCCUAUGUCUACGCCACCGUAGCCGCGGCCAGUAUCCAGCUGAGGUUGCGGGACGAAGAAGGCGCCAAGAAGAAGCUCGAGGAGUGUGAGCAGAUACUAGACGGUUUCGAUUCCGUCGAGACGGUUGUGCACGCGUCAUUCUACCGUGCCAGUGCAGAGUACUACAAGUCCAAGCACGAGUUCGCCGCCUACUACAAGAACGCCCUCCUUUUCCUCGCCUGUGUCGAUGUCGCCGACUUGGAGCUCCGAGAACGCCAAUCCCGUGCUUACGACCUGAGCAUCGCUGCUCUCGUCUCAGACUCGAUAUACAACUUUGGGGAGUUGCUGUUACACCCCAUCCUCGACUCGCUAGUCAACACCCCGCACGCAUGGUUACGCGAUCUGCUCUUCGCCUUCAACCGUGGUGACUUGAUCGCAUAUGACGUCCUUGCAGGCAACAUCUCCAAGGUCCCGCUUUUGAAGGAGCAUCAGACCUUCCUUUACCAGAAGAUCUCCCUGUCCGCACUGACAGAGACCGUCUUCCGCCGACCACCACAUGACCGCGCCAUGACCUUCUCAGAGAUCUCGCAGGAGACCAAGGUCCAGCCAAACGACAUCGAACACCUCAUCAUGAAGGCACUGAGCUUGGGUUUGUUGAGGGGUCAGAUUGACCAGGUCGCAGAGAUUGCACGCAUCAACUGGGUACAACCAAAGGUGCUGGAUAUGAAGCAGAUUGAGAGCAUGAGGUCAAGGUUGAAGGAGUGGGAUGCCAGCGUCAACCAGCUUGGUAACUGGAUCGAGGGUGUUGGCAAGGAUGUCUGGGCGGCUUGA